GUCCGCCUGAUGAGAGGGGCUCGCGAACUUCGUCGCACUGUGGCAUCGUUUGGCAUCCGAAGAGAUAACCGGAGGCGUACGAUGCCAUGGGAGACAGCAAAAAGACCAGGGCCCUUCGUCCCGUGCCCAUUCCCCUGCCGGAUUAUGGGCGCCCGAACGUCCCCCUGCCGGAUUACGGAAGGCCGGGCGUGCCCUUGCCGGAUUACGGAAGGCCGAACGUCCCCCUGCCGGAUUAUGGGAAGCCCAACAUACCUCCUCGGGAUUAUGAUGGACGCCAUCGUAGUGAGCCGGAUUACUGGCAGGAUUAUGGGCAGGAUUACCAAUACCCAAGAGGGAGUUCGGAUGAUGGGUAUACCAGGACGGGGUAUACUCCUGGGUAUGACUAUGAGGAGGAGGGUCCGGCACCGAGAGGGGGCUCGAGAGGGCCAAGAGAGGGAUAUCAAAGGUCUGCUUCGGACGCGGGAUUCGCCAGGCCCGCGUCCCAUGAGGCGUAUGAACAGCAUGGCCGAGAUGAGAGGUCAGCGUAUCCCGGGUCACCACAUGACCCUCGGCGCCAUUUUCCUGAAAGACCUAGGUCAGCACACUCUCUUGAAGAUCCUAGGCCGCCCUACUUCCCUGAAACCCCCAGGUCAUCUUAUUUCCCUGAAAGUCCCAAGUUAUCCUAUUAUCUUGAAGGUCCUAGUUCACCAGAUUAUCCUGAAAGUCCUAUGCUAUCCUAUUUUCUGAAAGGUCCCAGUUCACAAUAUUUCCCGGAAAGUCCUACGUCAUCCUAUUCUGAAAAUUCUAGGUCAGCCUAUUCCUGAAAGCCUUGAACCACAGCGCUUUUUCUGAAAGUCUGAAGUCACGAAACUUUCCUGAAACACCCAGUAUGAAAAGGUAUAACCAGGGAUAACUUAAACAGAUUGUACUAUACUGAAGGACUUUGAUCAUAGUGCCUUUUGUGAACUAUUAUGAAGUGAUCUAUUAUUUACACUAACCAUGAUACAUUGUACACAGAUUAGUUAUGAAGGAAUAAAACCUCAGGUGAAAAAAAUCACAAUUAU